UUCUUCUGUGGAAUUUUCUCAACUUGCCAUUCUAAAAGUGGACUUGAAAACUGAUACUGGAAAAGAGCUAUUUUCUGCGAAGUCUGUUCAAGAGAAUUUUCUCAAAUGGGGCAUCUAAACAAAUACUUGGAAUCCCAUACUGAGGAAAAGGCAUUUUCCUGCGAAGUAUGUUCGAAGGAAUUUUCUUCACGUGCACACGUGAAAGAACACUUGAGAAAACAUAUUGACGAGAAGCUAUUUCCCUGCAAAGUGUGCUGUAAAGAAUUUUCUAAACUACCAAACCUGAAACAGCACUUGAAAACUCACGCUGACAAAAAACGACAAUCCUGUGAAGUGUGUUCUAAGAAAUUUUCUACCCUUGCGCACCUUAAAGAACACUUAAGAACCCAUUCGGGCGAAAAGCCAUUUUCCUGUGGAGUGUGUUCUAAGGAAUUUUCUAAACUAUCAAGCCUGAAAGAACACUUUAGAACACAUACUGGCGAAAAGCCACUUUCCUGUAAAGUGUGCUGUAAGGAUUUUUCUCACAGAGCAAACCUUAGAGUGCACUUGAGAACCCAUUCAGGGGAGAAGCCAUUUUCCUGUAAAGUGUGCUCGAAGGAAUUUCCUCAACUUUCACACCUGAAAGAACAUUUGAGAACCCACACUGGCGAAAAGCCAUUUUCCUGUAAAGUGUGUUCGAAGAAAUUCUCUCAACGUGCAAACCUGAAAAGACAUUUGAAAAUCCAUUCUGGCGAAAAGUCGUUUUCCUGUACAUUGUGUUUUAAGGAAUUUUCUCACCUAGCGAACCUGAAAGUGCACUUAAGGACCCAUACAGGAGAAAAGCCAUUUGCUUGUGAAGUGUGUUCUAAGGACUUUUCUCAAUUUGCACACUUGAAAGAACACUUGAAAACCCAUACGUGCGAAAAGCCUUUUUCUUGUGAAGUGUGUUCUAAGGUUUAUUCUCAUUUAGCUAGUCUGAAAGCACACAUGAGAACCCAUGCUGGCAAGUAA